UGCUCCAACUUUAGAUAGUUCUUGCCUUCCAACAAGCAUGUAUCCCUUCUCAGGAUUUCUCCCCUGCUUCCUCUUUGUCCUCUGCCCAGGGGUCCUUGCUGUCAGCCAUGUUCCUGUGUUACUCUGGUCAAGUGAAAGUUACGUGUGGAAUUCUGCUUCAGCAACACAUAAAGGGCACGUCACAUCAAACGAUGAACUGCACAGGUUAUUGCAAUCAGCGAUUACAUCAACUCCAACUAAUCUGGUUCUUUUCCUCCAGGACACACUUAGCAUGGAUGACUUCACAUAUUACAGUUCUACCUAUGGAAAUGAGAGUCCCCUGCGCAAUAUACAGAUAAUCAUGGAAUCAUCACCAUCCUCUCUAGUAUUACCAGCUGUGGACUGGAAAACAGUUGAUGGUCUACAAGGUCAUCUCCAAACCCAGGACGAUUGGAAUGAACUCCGGAUCAACAGCUUCGAUACACCAGUGGAACUGGACAAAGAUAGACCAAACCUGUUUAUUGUCAACCUGCAACCAAUACCAAGGUCAAGUGAAAUGAACAAAGCUGAGGCCUUCUCUGGAAAUGAUGAAUACAUUGGAAAUCUCACUAGGGAGCUGUCAGAGAGAGGAGUCCCAUUUACAGCAAUUUACUCUGGGAUCAGACCCUCCAAGGUUUUUAAGAGUUUGGACACGGCACCGAACUUAAGUCGGCAGCUCCUAUCCACCGGUAGCGCUGAGAAAUAUCCACCACUGAAUGUCACAAAUGGAACCACCACAUGCAUUUUGUUUUAUGCUACGACAUUUACAGUCACAGUAAAUAACACAAAGUUGAUUGAUCUAACAAAUGCCACGUUUGUAUCUCAAUCAGUUAAUACAUCCUCUUCAGAGUGUUCCGACUCCAAUACUACUUUGUCUUUGUUCUACACCUCUCCUGCGACAGGAUUAGACAACCUGGAAAUAAGAUUUUUUAUGACCAACAGGUUCUACACUGGUUCUGCUAGAAAAUGGUUUAAAAUACAAUCUAUCAUGAUAAUUCCCAAUCAGCAAAUGGAAUUUAAUGCAACAUUUGACACCACGUAUGCAUCAGCACCAGAGGAAUAUGGCUAUCACUGUCAGCAAGUGGGUUCCAGCAGACUCUACCCAGAAACAUUUGUUCCAGCUAACAGUGCAGCUAACAAUUGGGCAAUAUACCUUUAUGAAUUCCAGAUACAAGGAUUCAACAUCAAGAACAAUCUUUUUUCAUAUGCAAGUGACUGCUCAACAUUUUUCACGCCUGCUAUAUGGAUGGGCCUUGUGUCUACAAUUAUUCUGCUGUGGAUCCUGGCCUAUGGAAUUUUCAUGAUAAUGCAACUUUCAACCAACGAUAAAUUUGAUGAUUCUAAAAGCCAAGCCUUGUCUGUUCCCCAGACGGAUUAGAAACACUGUGACUAUUAUUCGGUGCUUCUGUCGAUGUAUAAAUACAGAAUCUAUUAUUCUAAUGGUCUGUAACGGAAAACAAUUAUUCCAGAAUAUCAUGCAAUUGAGACGUGUAUUCAUAGAAAUUCCUCUCUGCUUAAUGCGAUCUAUAGCUAUGACUAAAACAUUAUUUUGAAAUCCUUCAAAACCAGAAACAAG